AUGAGACAUUCUCGGCAUCUGCUCAUUGUUGCCGGAUUAUUCCUAAAGCGGCCAGAACUCAGGUAUAAAUUGUCUAUACAUUCAGAUUUCGUACUCAACAUGCCGCGUCAUAAAUACGUUAUUGAGUCAAGAAAACCAACGAUCGAUGCAAAGGCAUUAGUGGCGGCGGUCAAGGAAAUUUUAAUUGAAAAGAAAGCACUACGGUCCGUCGCUCGAGCGUAUAAUAUAGAUAAAUCAAGAUUGUUUCGCUACAUCUCAAAACUAAAUGAUUCAAACCUGGAUCCAUCGACGGCUUCUGAGGAAAAAUUGAUUGAGUUUCUGUCAUCACUCAGUACCACACCUGGUGGUAGAACGAUCUUCAGUGAAGAGCAAGAAAAACAAUUGAUGACAUAUCUUCUGGAAGCAAGCAAAAUCUACUAUGGCAUGAGCAUAAAUGAAUUAAAAAUUUUAACGUAUGAGUUGGCAAAAAAACUUGGCGUUGAUUAUCCUAAAGCAUGGGACGAACAUAAAAAAGUGUCAUAUGACUGCGCCAAUAGAGCGAAGGCCUUUUCCAGAGCCAAUGUAAAUGCUUUCUUCGGAAAUCUCGGUGCUGUUUUUGACCAACACACAUAUGAGCCACACCGUAUUUGGAAUGUUGACGAAACAGGAUGUCCAACAGUGCCGACGAAGGCGGUGAAAGUAAUCGCAGAAAAAGGAUCACGCCGAAUUGGACAGAAGAUAUCUGCCGAAAGAGGCACUAAUGUGUCUGUAGCAUUUGCCGUGAGAGCCACUGGUCAAUCAAUACCACCAUUUUAUAUAUUUCCAAGAAAGAACAUGCAACAGAUCUUCAUGGAUAACGCGGCACCUGGUGCGGUUGGUACCGCCGAUGAAUCUGGAUGGAUGACGUACACAUAA